AUGGAGACGGUGUCUCUCGCGUCGCUCCCUUCCGACCUGUUGACGCAGAUCGUGCGACGGCUCGCCGUCGUGGACGUGGCUGCAGUGGACUGUGCUGCGGGUUGCUUCCAUUGCCCGGCACCUGGGCAAGCCUCGUCUGCAGUGGAGCAGGCAUUGCUUGCGCGAAACCCGACCGUGCGUGCUGCCUACGCCGCCGCGCCCCCAUCGAGCUGGACGCAGUUCCUUCUGUGGUACGAAUGGUUCGAUCGGUACUGUGUUCACCAGCCCAUCUCUGCAGGCGCCACGCACAAUGCGUUUGUGCGCGCGGACGGCAGGUUGUUGACCUGCGGCGUGGAGGUGGGCGACGACGUGAUCAUGGGCCGCGAGCGCAGGUCCCCCGGUGCCCUCGGUCAGGGUAAUAACGUGGCCAUCAUGCCCGGCCCGACGCUUGUGCCCGGUUGCACGGUACGGUUCGUGAGCGUGAGCGUGGGAGAGGGGCACACGCUCGCGUUGGCGGAAUCGGGCGAGGUCUUUUCUUGCGGCAGCGACUUGCACGGCCAGCUCGGCCACGGCUCACUCGACGAAGGAGCGGCGCAUGCCCUGUACGAAGCGAGAUGCUCGAACGAGCUGAAGGCCCGCAUUGCAGAGGCGCACCUGUCCUAUGAGGAGCGGCUUGAGAUGCUGGCGGGCGAACUGGCGGACGCCACUCUCGCUCGCUUCCUCUGCUCGUGGCUGAGCCCACUGCAGGGCAGGCACGGAAUGGGUGCGUUCGCCCCUGGUGAGACCGCGCCCCACCAAGCGGUGUACACGCCACGCCGCAUCGAAGCGCUUGCUGACGUGCGUGCCACCGCCGUUGCGGCUGGCGGCACCUCGAGCCUGAUCCUGCUCCUCAACGGAGAGGUGCACUCGUGCGGUGGCGUCCUCCUGCACGGCUGGCAGCGCCGCCAGGGAGCCCCAUGGCUUGGUCACGGUGCGACGUGCGAGCGGCAGGCCCUCCCAAAGCGCAUCGAGGCUCUUGUGGCCGCGGGAGUUCGCGGGCGGGGCGUCUCUGCGGGCCAGAAGCAUAGCCUCGUCAUCGGCGCCGAUGGCGACCUGUGGUCGUUUGGCUACCCGGACGCCCGCCUUGGGCGUGGCUUCAUCGAGGAAGACGUGUACGAGGACGGCAUUCCGUCGCCACAGCGCUACGAGGAGCUGAGCGGCGUGGGUCUUGUGCAGGGCCUCAGCGGACAGCAGGUGGCCUCGGCUUGUUCCGCGGGGCAGGACCACUCGCUCGUGCUCUGCGCAGACGGCACCUGCUGGUCGUUUGGGGUCACCUGCCCGAUGGGCGCGGAUGGCAGCUUGCUGUGGGGAGUCGGUCGCCUCGGCUUGGGUGCCACACCCAACGACGACCCUGGCCUGAGCUACGGCUUCGCGCCGCGUGACUUCGCGAUCGCGCGGCGCAUCGGUGGCUCUCUCGACGGCCGGAGGGUCAUCAGCAUCUCAGCAGGCGGACCGGAAGGCCACGGACUCGGCCAGAGCCUGGUGGCAACGGUAGACGGCUCCGUGUACACCUUUGGCACGGCUGCUGCACCCGGCCCUCACCCUCCGCCUUCUCAGCCAACGCAGUUCGAUUCGCUGACGGCCCACUCUAUCCACGUCGUCGCCGCUGGCCGCGGCCUCUGGCUUCCAGGUGCCCCUGGCACGGGCAGCUGCGGUGCGCACGCGCUUGCGGUGGACGGCGACGGCCAUGUCUUUGCGUGGGGCAUGGCGCUCGGCUGGGUGGCUGCUGCCGCCGACGCACAGCCGGUCAGUGUCGCACAGAUGGACGAUCACCACCGCGACGUGCACGAGGAGGCCGACGAGCCGGCGCACCUUCAGGCAUUCCUCGAGCAGGAGCGCGCACGGCUGGGGGCGUGGGAGGAGCUCGACGCCGACGGGCGGCGGCAGCAAGGCAUCACCGCGGCCUCCAUCGAAAAUCUCGGCGUGCACCUGCGCGCCACCGAGCAGCGGUUGGAGCACUUGCGCACUAACCCUCGGCCGCCCCCGAAUCCAUCCGCACACGUCGAUUGGGGGCACAUCAUCGCUGAGCCGCAGGAGCAUCCCACGCUGCAACUGCGAGUGUCAUCGACCGUGCGCGGCACCCACCUGUAG